ACAAACAUACGGACACAAUCUUGCGCGGUCUUGUUGGGAUGCCUGAAGCAAGUGGACCUGUUCAUUCGCGUGGUUUACCGGAUAAUACUGAUGCACAGAAUGAGGAAACUUUUUUAAACGCAUUCGAAAUCACUGGACACCCCGAGUGCCAAUUCACACCUGAGGAUAUUAUCCCAUUUGUUGAUCCACAAUCAGCGAACUACAUUCUUUGUGAAAGUGUCUUAGCAAGGUUCCAGAACAUACCAGCAGUAUCUACAUCUCUGUACAAUGCAUAUCUAGAAGCUUGUUCAUCCAAAGCCACAACUAGGGAGGAUACUUGCAAAUAUACUAACAUGCUGGUUGCUGACUUACAGUAUAAGGGGUUUCCCAUUAAUAAAUACAGCUACUGCACAUCUUGUGGAAUGGAAGAUCCUGUUUCAUCUGAGUUGACUAAACCAAGAGUUAUCGUUGCAAUAUCAAUGAGCAAUGAUACUGUGGCCAUGAAUCCAAAAGUUAUACUUCAUAAAAUAGUACAACAAGCUAUUGAAGGAAUGGAAAAUGUUGAAGUCACGUUAGUCACAUAUGGAGCCAACGAUGAAUUCUACCCACCUUACAUUCGGACUAUUAAUGGAAGAGUAUCGACGACAGAUUUAUCUGAUCUAGAGACCUCAAUCUCGCAGAUGCAAUUUACAGGACCAUCUUAUGACAGUUCUUCAACAGUAUCUGCCUUAGAAUUUAUUGCAGAAAACUUCCAUGAUUGCCACAAAGGAGUUGCAACUUCUGUUGUUAUUGUUGCGCCAGAAACAAUGAAACAGAGCAUGGCAGGGCUGUUACCUGGUAACUUGGUGCUAAGAAUUACUGGGGAGCUGACGCAAGUAAACAUGAUAUCUAUGUUGAGCAACCAACUAUGUACUGGCUUUGGAUUAGACGUCUUCUCACAUACCACAGGGCAAUGUUAUCUGCCUUCUCAAGUCUCCAAUACAGUUGGUGACAUAGUACAGCACCUAUCUGGAAAUAUAGGGAGGUCCACACUUUGUAGCUGCAUGUAUGCCUACCCAAGUGAAGCAGCUCUGCUUACAACGUGCCGUUUCAUAUAAUUUGUUUACUGUAUUGUUUAUAAUUAUAUUUAUAAUUCAUGUUAAGACUGCAAUUUUUUAUAAAAGUUCAAUGUACGUAGUAUCCUUAACAGAUAAAAUAUUCUAAAAUUUGAUUCUGUUUUCCAGUUUUUCUGUUACUCCUAUAAUAUAAUGUUAUGUUAGUAAAUGAACACAUGUAGAUAUUAUAGAUUAAACUUUGUUCAUAACACUUGUACUCCAUAAUUUAUAAGCAACACUCAUUUCAAUAUCUAAAUAUAUAUAUUCUGCGACAAUUUCUUUUCAAUAAAUUUGUCAAUAAAA